AUGAAUGCUAAAGAUAUUGGUUUUAUGGCUUUAAAUCAUAUUAAUGAUAUUUUGCAUUUGAUGGGACGUGAUAUUAAUGAAUAUAAUCUUAUCCCUGAGAAAAUUAAACCUUCAGCUACUAUCAGAGAAACCAAUGACUGUCAAUUUGAAAGAAAUAUCAUUGUUAAAGAAGAAGAUUUGCUUCUAGAGAGAAAAUUAAAUACCGAACAACGAAGAGCGUAUGACACGGUUCUUGAUAGGAUAUUUUCUAACAAAUCAGGAGCAUUUUUUGUUGAUGGACCGGGAGGAACUGGAAAAACUUUUCUAUAUCGUGCUUUAUUAGCUGCUGUACGAUCAAAAGGUUUUGUCGCUUUGGCAACAGCAAGUUCAGGUGUUGCAGCUUCGAUCCUCCCAGGAGGACGAACUGCUCACUCACGUUUUAAAUUUCCUAUUGAUAUCGACGAACAAUAUUCUUGCAACAUUAGUAAGCAAAGCGCACUUGCAACUUUAAUACGUGAUGCAAAACUGAUUGUCUGGGAUGAAGUAUCUAUGGCAAAAAAGAAAGUAAUAGAAACUUUUGAUAUUCUCUUAAAGGAUCUAAUGGAUACAAAUACUCUAUUUGAAGGAAAAGUGGUCGUUUUCGGUGGUGAUUUUAGACAAACUCUCCCAGUUGUUAGGAGUGGGAAAAAAGAAGAUUUUAUUCAAGAAAGCUUAUUAUAUUCGAAAAUUUGGAAUCAACUAGAAAAAUUACGAUUAUCAGAAAAUAUGCGUGCAAAGACAGAUCCUAUCUUCUGUGAAUAUUUGAUGAGAAUUGGAAAUGGACAAGAAAAAACAAAUAGCCAUGACAAAAUUGAAAUCCCUGAUUGUUUAGUUAUCCCUUUCAUUUCUGAAAAUCAAUCAUUAGAUUUGUUGUUUAGAGUUACUUAUCCAGAUCUACAUACAUGUUUUUCCGAUGCAUCUUCUAUAACUUCACGCGUAAUUCUGACAACCAAAAAUGACUUUGUUGAUCAAAUAAAUGAUUUGCUCAUAGCUCAAUUUCCUGGUGAUCCUAAAACAUAUGUUGCAUUUGAUGAGACUAUUGAAACAAACGAUCAAAGUCAAUAUGAAGAUUUUUUGCAUACUUUACAUCCUGCUGGUUUACCUCCCCAUAAACUGACCUUGAAAAAGAAUUGUCCUAUUAUGUUAUUACGAAAUUUAAAUCCAUGUGAAGGCUUAUGCAAUGGUACACGACUUAUAUGUUGUGAUCUUCGAAAACAUGUUAUAAGUGCUAAAAUUGCCACUGGGGACUUUAAGAAUACGCAUGUAUUUAUUCCCAGAAUACCAUUAUUAUCAUCAACAGAUGAAAAAUUGCCUAUUCCUUUCAAAAGAACACAAUUUCCUGUGAGAUUAUGUUUUGCUAUGACAAUAAAUAAAGCUCAAGGUCAAACAUUGAACUUCGUGGGAGUUUAUUUACGCGAACCUGUUUUUUCCCAUGGUCAGCUCUAUGUAGCUCUAUCAAGAGCAAAAAGCUCCAAUUGUGUAAAAUUGUUAAUUCGACCAGCCACAACAGAUAGCAAUGAUGAUCAUUCAACUUACAAUAUAGUGUAUAAUGAAAUCAUUCAAAAAGCUUUUCCAUAA